AUGGUUGUGGGGGAUCGGUAUACCAAGAUGGUGCACUUUAUACCGACCUCUGGCCUCCCGACUGCUCAACUCGCCUCAAAUCUCUUUCUUCAGCACAUAUUCCGGCUACACGAGCUCCCGUCUUCCAUUGUUUCCGACAGGGGAUCCCAGUUCUGCCGCUGCCUCCGAAUUUCCCGUAACCUGUCUUUUGCAUAUCACCCCCAGUCCAACGGGCAGACGGAGAGGACAAAUCAGACACUUGAGCAGUAUCUACGCUGUUAUUCCUCCCUUCUACAGGACGACUGUGUGACUAAUCUUCCUUUGGCGGAGUAUGUCUACAAUAACCAGCUACAUACCUCCACCGGAUUCUCUCCCUUCUACGCCAAUUACGGCUACCAGGGGUCUUACCACUCCUCUGGGUUGCCAUUCAUGGAGCACGUGGAGGAAGUGAUUGGAAGCUCCAAUCUCAUGAUGGUCCCUGAUGAGAAGAAGUAUGAACUCUGUCGCCAGAAAGACUGCUGUGAGCGAGUUGUGAUCAACGUUUCGGGGUUGAGGUUCGAGACCCAGAUAAGGACACUGAGUCGGUUUCCCGAUACCUUGUUGGGAGACCCAAGGCGAAGAAUGCGUUUCUUUGAUCCCUUGAGGAACGAGUAUUUCUUUGACCGUAAUCGUCCUUGCUUUGACUCUAUACUUUACUUUUACCAAUCAGGAGGUCGACUGCGUCGGCCUGCCAAUGUACCCCUAGACGUCUUUAUGGAGGAGUUGCUGUUUUACCAGCUUGGAGAUGAGGCGAUCAGUAAAUUUAGGGCAGAUGAGGGUUUUCAGAAAGAAGAGGAGAGACUUCUUCCGGAAUGUGAGUUCAUGAAGCAAGUCUGGCUCUUGUUCGAACACCCAGACAGUUCAUCUGCUGCCCGAAUCAUUGCUAUCAUCUCUGUUAUGGUCAUCCUCAUAUCCAUAGUCAUUUUCUGCUUAGAGACACUACCUGAAUUCCGGGAUGAAAGGGAUCUGUCUUUACCGGUGCAGCCUGUUCACAGAAGCAAUGUUACUCACAUCUUUAAAGAGAAGAGUCCAUUUGAGGAUCCAUUCUUCAUUGUGGAGACGAUCUGCAUCUGCUGGUUCUCUUUUGAACUCUCAGUGCGCUUUAUCGCUUGCCCCAGCAAACCAGCCUUUUUUAAGGAUAUCAUGAACAUGAUAGAUUUUGUAGCGAUCAUACCAUAUUUUGUUGCUUUGGGCACAGAACUUGCCCGUCACAGAGGAGUGGGCCAGCCGGCCAUGUCACUGGCUAUCCUUAGGGUUAUUCGUUUGGUCAGAGUCUUUCGUAUUUUCAAGCUGUCUCGACACUCCAAAGGAUUACAGAUCUUGGGGCAAACACUUAAAGCAAGUAUGAGAGAGUUGGGGCUGCUCAUAUUUUUUCUCUUUAUUGGAGUUAUUCUCUUCUCCAGUUCUGUGUACUUUGCAGAAGCUGAUCAUGCAGAUACAAAGUUUACCAGCAUCCCCGAGGCCUUCUGGUGGGCAGUGGUCACCAUGACAACAGUAGGUUAUGGAGACAUGUCUCCCGAGACCGUAGGUGGUAAAUUAGUGGGUUCUCUUUGUGCCAUUGCAGGUGUCUUAACUAUCUCUCUUCCCGUGCCAGUCAUUGUAUCCAACUUUAGCUACUUCUACCACCGUGAAACCGAAUGUUCAGAUAUUGGUCACUACAACCAUGUUGGCUCAUGCCCAAAUGGUCCCCCACAUACUCCAAAGCCUAAAGUGAAGGAUAAGAGCCCACAGCUGGACAAAUUAGACAACUUAUACAGCAAUUCCAAGGCAGAAUUCCUUGAUGGACUUGGACCCGUAGAUGAUAAAAGUAUGACCAUAGGACAGUCACAUAUAAUAACCCAAGUGUGA